UGCGUCUGUCUUGGUAGUUCUGCUUCUGGGGAGUUGGUGUUAUUUUACUACAUUUUUACAGAUAGAACAGUAUGUACUUUCUUGUUAUAAUAUCAGAUGAUUGUGCCAAGAAGCGUUAACUAUAUGUAUGUAUCAUGUUAGGAUUCUUGAAGUUUCUUUGAGAAGAUGAGAGAUUCAAUUAGUGAAGGAGAUAGUGUAGAUAAAAGCUUGAACUGUGGUGGAAUAUGUCCCAUGGACACGUACAAGAUGAGGGGCACCUACGCUUGCUCAUAGUGAGCAGACAGGCAGGAAGAUGGAGAAGACUCCGGAGACCAGGAGAACAACCAAGUGAUGAAGCAACCAUUAUCUCAGGGACAAAGCUUGCUAAACAAGUUUUGAAAGAAGUUCAAAGGGAUGUAGAAUCGUGGAUAUCCUUUGGAAACAAGAGACCUCAUCUCAGUGUCAUAUUAGUAGGAGACAAUCCAGCUAGUCAUAUUUAUGUCAGAAACAAGAUAAAAGCAGCUGCAGCUGUAGGCAUUUCUAGUGAGGUCAUACUGAGGCCUAAAGACGUUUCUCAGGAAGAACUCUUAGAUAUGACGGUAAAACUCAACAAGGAUUCAACAGUUAGUGGUGUAUUAGUUCAGCUACCUCUCCCAGAUCACAUAGAUGAACGAACAGUUUGUAACGCUAUCGCACCUGAAAAGGAUGUGGAUGGAUUUCAUGUUAUGAAUAUUGGACGCCUGUGUCUUGAUCAGCCUUCUAUAAUACCUGCCACUGCUGCUGCCGUGUGGGAAAUUAUAAAACGGACAGGAAUACAAACAUUCGGAAAAAAUGUUGUUGUAGCAGGAAGAUCCAAGAAUGUUGGAAUGCCUAUUUCAAUGCUUUUACAUACUGAUGGAGAGCAUGAAAGGCCUGGAGGUGAUGCUACUGUGACCAUUACUCACAGAUACACACCGAAAGAGCAGCUCAAGAUCCAUACACAACUCGCUGACAUUGUAAUAGUAGCUGCAGGUAUCCCAAAGUUGAUUACAACUGAUAUGGUCAAAGAAGGUGCAGCUGUGAUUGAUGUAGGCAUCAACCAUAUCCACGAUCCUCUUACAGGAAAGACCAAAUUAGUUGGGGAUGUGGACUUUGAAGAAGUGAAGAAGAAGGCUGGCUUUAUCACUCCAGUGCCAGGAGGGGUAGGACCUAUGACUGUUGCAAUGCUUCUGAAGAACACACUCAUAGUUGCUAAAAAGCUCAUUUACUAAAGCAAGCGGGCUACCUUGGAAGAAGAACCAAGUUCUAUUUAUUGAUACACAAAACUUUUAUUUUUUACUACAAAGAUAUUUAUUUCUACAUUGUAUUUAUUUUUUCACGUAAAGUAUGCUAAACCUGAUGGUUUACAAAAUGUUAAAAUACUUUGUGUUACCUCCCACUGACUCAUCAUGAGCAAAAAUGAAUUGGAGAAUGCAGCCUAUGCAGAUACGUUGUUGUUGGUCAGUUCUGUGUGUGAAAAUGAAGAACGAAGCAUGAAUUACAAAUAUACCUGCAUAUCUGGCGAUGGGGUGCAAUUACCGAGAUCUUUUAAGCACUUGGGACCCUCAGUUUUGAUCAACCAGUAUAAAAACUAAGUUUCAACACACUAGAUAUCUUUUAAAAAUGUGGUUUGGGUUCUGAGGUCAUGAAGUAUUCUGUGUGUAGUUUGAAGUCUUGAAAUGUUUAUUUUUUUUUAAAGCACUUAGAGAUAGCAGCAGAAAUCUUGAAUCUUAAAGGAGUGAAAGACUGCAAUUUUUGUUUCAGCUGCCAGGCAGCAAUGUUGACAUGAAUGCAGAUGUGCAGUACGUGUUUUAAAAUAGUCAAGUAAACUUGAACGCUGGUGAAAUUCUGACCUUGAACAUGUGCAAGAGGUAUGUGUGUAUAAGUAGCUAGAAUUGAGGCCAGAAUUACUUUCUUUCCAUGUCUGGAUUUGUUUGACAAAAUGUUUUGGUGCACAAUACCGUCAUCCCACAAAAAAACCUAGAUGACUGGGCUGGAUCGGACUUUAGUGAGGUAGAAUGUAGUUGAAACUACUAUGUAUGUACAUUAUGUGUAACAGGGGAGUGGGGGGGGACAAGAGCGAGAGAAAAGCAAAAGUUUACCCCGGAUGAAAUAUUUGUGUUGGAAUUUUAAGCCAUUUAAUUAUUGUCUUAUUUUCUGAAACUCCAUGAAGGGUUUUUUUUUACUCCAUGAUGUAAGGCUCAGCCCUGUGAAUCCUUAGCUACAAUGUUUUGCUGCUUUGAGAGGACUAUAUGGGAUAAUAAGAUCAGUAUGUUUCUAUUCCAAAAAAUUGUAGUUCAAAGAUGGAUCUAGCAUAGUCUCGUGCAAUGUAAAACUUGGAGUGGAGUUACUGCUAAGAUGCCCAUUGAACUGAGUGUUUGCACUAUUGACACGAAGAGCCUACCCCAAUUCCCACUGAAGUCAGUGGGAACCAGUUUGGACUUUUAUCUUCGUGGUUUUUUCUCAGUUGGGAUAACUUUGAUUUAUUUUCAUCAAGAGCCUUAGGUGUUUGCCAGUAGACUAUAGAUAACUUGAAAAGGGAAGAAAAGAUAUUGUGGCUAAAUACUACUGCCGCUAAACAAAAAAAUGUGCUUACUGCAAUAAAAGAAACAAGAUGGAGCAUCACCUCCAUGCUGAUUGUUCUUGUGAUGGACUUUCUGAGAGUUUUGUUUAAUGCAGCAUUUCAGAAGAGGUUGACAGAAUCGUUAUGAAAUAUAUAGUGCCAAUAGUGCAGACACUUGAUUAUCUGUUUAAAUUUACGCGGUAGUAUAAACGUUAGGAGGGUCAAGGUGCCUAUGGAGAUAAUACUUAGACUUAUCAACCUAUCAUUGACGAAGGUGGAAUAAAACUUGUUCACUGUUA